AUUUGAGAGUUUCUAUUUUAAAAGAUAUUAAUAAAGCUCACUUAGCUAAUUAAAAAUGAAAUUCCUUAAUGGUAAAAAAAAAUUCUGAACACGAAUUUUCAAGUGUAAAAUCUAAAUAAUUGGUAGACAUUAUCGAGGAAUAAAAACAUUUGUUAAAUUUGCAUUCAAUUGUUUAUUUAGGAAAGUUCAUAAUAUUUGUUUUUGGAACUAAAUAACGCAGUCUUAAGAGGAAACGACUGAUUUUUCAUUUUGAUGUUUCUAGGCGUAAUUGAGGAAUGAAUGAAUAAUCGAAAAUUAUUUGUGAAAUUAACCGAUUAAUCAAGGUUACUAGUGUUGAAAGCAUGUGAGAUUUAUUGUUAUGUUUUCAUUUCAAAGGGUCAGUAAUAAUAACGCGAACCGACAAAAAAUGUUGAAUAAAUAAUGGAUAAGUUGCUAUGGUAGCCGCAAUUGUUUGACCUAAAUAUUAGUGAUUAUCUUCAGUGCUCUUCAAUCAGGGGGGAAAACUUUUUUACUAGUUUAGGGUGAUUCUGCGAGCAAUUCAAAUAAACAUUCUUGGAAGUUUUUUUCAAAUCGCAAGUGCUUUUUUCUCUUUCUUUCGUCAUAAUUUUGUAUAAAAUAAGAACAGACAGAUAAUUCGUAGAUUUGGGCAAGAGCAAUGGUAAAUCAACGAGAAUUUUGGGCUGAAAUUCAUAAGAAUAAUCCAAAGUACAAGAAAAAACCGAGAGUUGUACCGGCAUUUACUAUUCAAGCACUUCAGGAAAAUACAGUGGUAGCGAAACCUCCGAAAUUUGGUGUGUAUAAGCCUGUGCCACCGAAACCCUCCAGCUUCAGAAAGUUUUACGAAAGAGGAGUUUUCCCUAUUUCAAUGGAAAAAGAAGGAGCACCGAUUACAUGGAAAGUUAACAUUGAGGACUUGGACUUUAGACAUUACUUGCCAAUGUUUUUUGAUGGAUUGACUGAAACUGAACAUCCUUACAAGAUUCUUGUCGAACAAGGGAUCUCAGAUAUGUUAGAACACGGAGGGCCGAAGAUAUUGCCAGUUGUUUCGCAGUUGAUUAUUCCUAUAAAAAACGCAUUAAAUACAAAAAUGCCCGAGAUCAUUUGCACGACAAUGAGAGCACUUCAACAACUUGUUCGCUCAGCUGAUUGUGUGGGUGAAUGUCUUGUUCCAUACUUUCGACAGAUAUUACCUAUUCUCAAUCUCCUAAAAGACCGGAAUGUAAAUCUUGGAGAAGGAAUCGAUUAUUCACAACAAAAAGGAGAAAACCCUGCAGAUCUUAUUCAAGAAACUUUAGAAAUCCUUGAAAAAUAUGGAGGAGAAGAUGCCUUUAUCAACAUUAAAUACAUGAUACCAACCUAUGAAUCCUGUAUGAUGAAUUAAAAAAUACUCUUC